GUUGUUGUUGUGCAGUGACAACACCACCAGCAGAGGAGCGGCGCUGGGCGAGGAUAAUAAUACAUUCUUUGCCGGGGAGGUGCUCUCAACACAUCCAGGAGCAGCCACUCAAAACAGAUCCGAGCCUGGUCUUUAGAAAUCAUAGUGAAACAUGAAUUUAGAGUUGCUGGAAUCAUUUGGCCAGAAUUAUCCAGAAGAGUUUGAUGGGGCUCUGGACUGUGCCUCAUUGGCCGUUACGUGUGCAUUUAAUAGGCGAGGGACACUGUUGGCUGUUGGUUGUAAUGAUGGUCGCAUCGUCAUCUGGGACUUCCUCACUCGAGGGAUUGCCAAAGUCAUCAGUGCCCAUGUCCACCCAGUGUGUUCUCUCAGUUGGUCAAGAGCUGGAUACAAGCUGCUGAGUGUUUCAACAGACAACAAUGUGUGCAUCUGGGAUGUGUUGUCAGGGGAGUGUGAUAUCAAGUAUAGAUUUCCGUCACCUGUAAUGAAGGUGCAGUUUCACCCAAGAAAUGACAAGAUGUUCCUUGUGUGUCCCAUGAGACAUCCAGCAGUCUUGGUACAUAUGGAUGCCUCACAUGAAAUUAUUCCUAUGGAUGAUGAGGGAGACGUAAGCAUUGUAGCGUCAUUUGAUCGCCGUGGAGACUGCAUCUACACAGGGAACAGUAGGGGCAAGCUACUUAUCCUUACUUGCCCUGACCUGAAAAUCAAGAAUUCGUUUAGAAUUGGACCAGGGACAUCAAGUGCUGCAGCCAUCAAGAGCAUAGAGUUUUCUCGGAGGACAGAUUUCUUCUUGGUCAACUCAGCUGACCGUGUUAUAAGGGUAUAUGAUGUUCGGAAAGUUCUGAAAAGUGGAAAAGAUGAUGAUCCAGAGCCCACCCAAAAACUUCAGGAUCUGGUUAACAAAACCAUGUGGAAGAAAUGUUGUUUCUCAGGCGAUGGGGAAUACAUAUGUGCUGGAUCAGCUCGUCAACACUCUCUUUACAUCUGGGAGAGAAGUGUUGGCAACUUAGUGAAGAUUUUACAUGGCACAAAGGGAGAGAUGCUGCUAGAUGUUGUAUGGCAUCCUGUCCGACCAAUCAUGGCUUCCAUCAGUUCAGGGGUUGUGUCGAUUUGGUCUCAGAACCAAGUGGAAAAUUGGUCUGCUUUUGCACCAGAUUUCAAGGAGCUUGAUGAGAAUGUUGAGUAUGAGGAGCGGGAGAGUGAGUUUGAUCAAAGUGAUGAGGACAAGAGUGUUGAGCUGAGCCAGGAGCGAAGGGAAGAGGAUGUGGAGGUUGAUGUCACCAGUGCUGAUCCUGUGGCUGCAUUUUGUAGUUCUGAUGAAGAUGAUGACAGCCAUGCUCUCCUUUACUUACCCAUCUCACCUGAGAUAGAGGAACCAGAGGAAGGAUGGGGCCCUGAAGGAGCACCAAAUGAAGACCUUUCUUCCAAGAGAUCGGGUGACAGCAAAGAAAAUGUUUCACCUAAAAAGAAAAGGCCGAAAACCCAUGAUGUUUCCUUGGAAAAUGCUCCAACUGAUGAGGUUCAUCCUCUUGUGAGCAACAGACCCAAGGAAAAGCAAGCAACAGGAAGCAAAAAAGGGAGAAAUAACUCAAAAGGAGACAGCAAAAAGGAUAGGAAAAAGCAUUAAAAUGGCAAAUUUCAUUUCCAUUUUUCCUUUCACACAUUUGCAUAUUGUUACUUAAUAUAAAUGCACACACACACACACACACACACAUACAUUUUUUACUCAUACACACAAUCACCACAAACAGACCAAUUCUCUUUGCCAUUCUUGAGAAUUGAAAGUGUACCUGACUUUAAGAAAUGCAAUUUUGAACUAUUAUAUUUCAAAUGUUGUAACAAAGAUAUUUUAUAAUGGAUGUUAUUUGUAAUAAGAAUAUAUGACAGUCAUCCAUAUCUUGCAUCAAAAUUGCAGAUCUGAAAGGAAAUAGCCCCUAGAAAAUUCAUGCAAAGUUGCUAGGUUUUAGUAGGUAUUUGAUGAUAAGAGGUAAAUAACUAUAAAUAAUUUUAGCCUUUUUAAAAAGUAUCAGUUUAAGAUUUCAUGAGUAGCUACUGACAUUUUAUAAAUGAAGAUCAUGAUUUUAUUUGAUUUCACAAAAUAUGAAUAGCAUCUUGUGAGAAGUAUCCUAUGUAAAUUUGACAUUAAUUUAAGACAAAAACUUUGCCUGUCUUCUGCGUGGGAUGUUUAAUGAAUAGAUGAACUCCCACUACAGAAUCAAUGUUUCUCAACAGAAAAAAUGCCCUCAAUAGAUUAGUAAUAUGUAAACAUACUGAAAAAAAGUCUCUUGGAUUACCUUAUGAAUGUACAGAAUUUAUCAGUAUUCUGGUAUUAUUUUAUGCUGAUCCAUUUGACUGAUUACAAUGAGUAAUCAAUCCUUUUUUAAUUUUCUCUCCUGCUCUUCAAUUCUUUUCUUAUGUUCCCUCUGUAUCCCUAAUAAUGGAUGAAUGGUGCUUUCCAUCCUCUCUCUGUCUUAGACAGGUUUGGUGAAGUACAAAUUAUUAGAGAGAAAAAGAGCAUGCCCCUAAACAUUCUUGCCAUCUACCUGAACUAAUUUUCCAAGAUGUUUAUGCCCACAAAAUUAACAAUUCACUUGGUUAGAUGUAAGUUGCAAACAAAUUAAUAAAAAAAUAAAAAUAAAUAACAGCUAUAGACUUACCAUGUACUUGAGAGAGUACUUAUUCAUGUCUGUUGAAGGUUCAAAUAUAUUACAUCCAGGUACUGCUUCUUCCAGUGCAGAAGAAACAUUGUCUGCUGAGUAUACAUAAAUAUCUUCAUUGGUACAGAAACAUGUUACAAAGGCUGCCCAAGGAAUCUGCAAACAAUAAAAUAAAAAGCUC